AUGGCCUACCACCAUUCUGGCGGCUCUUCCGCUGGCUCCUCAUUUCAGUAUGCACAGGUAGGACACUCUUUCACCGGCUGUCUGGGUGCUUCGCAGCUCAACGGGCCUCCUUUGCAGCCGUUUCAAGAAUCCCAAUUCGACAUUUUCGAGUGGUAUCCAAAGUUCCAGUCAUGUCUACGCUACUUCCUGGACCACGCCCAGUAUACCGGGCCUAUCCAAGCGGUAGCUGCAUUCGUCAACAUUCAGCUACCCUUUCAAAAGGCCCACAACCCGGUCAUGUCUUCCAAGCAGACCGGCCCCUCCUCCCCUGCCGGGGUUGGCCCCUCAACUCCGUCCACCGCUCGAGCCACCGGAAAGUUGCCUCUCGGUGCCCAGUUGCCGUCUGCUACCUACACAACGUUGACGCCGUACAUUCGCCGGCUGGUGGCAACCGGUUUCGACUAUCCCGCCGUGUUACACGGCUUCUUCGGUGAUGACUGGAUGGCCGGCAUAGGGCCCAUGCACGAAGCCGAGCGCCGCAACUACAUGUUUGCGGCCAAGAGUGAGACCUGGCUCAAGGUCAAGUCGCAGUACGAUAUGGACGGCGAACAGCAAGUCCCCUUUCUCAGGCCCCUGCAGAAUGUUACCGAAAAGGAAAUUCAGGGUGCCGAGGCCAGCUGGAGCGAGUGGCUAGCUAUGCAAGACUGGAUGUUGGGGCCGCGGGCCCCUGAUCAAGGACCACGAAUCAAACAAGAGGAUGACUAG